GCGGAGGCGGAGGCUCGGGUGUGUACAAGAUUCGGCCUCACCCGUAACCCACCGCCAUGGCCGAGGAAGGCAUUGCUGCUGGAGGUGUAAUGGACGUGAAUACUGCACUUCAGGAGGUGCUCAAGACCGCCCUCAUCCACGAUGGCCUCGCACGUGGCAUACGCGAAGCUGCCAAAGCCUUAGACAAGCGCCAAGCCCAUCUCUGUGUGCUUGCAUCCAAUUGUGAUGAGCCCAUGUAUGUCAAGUUGGUGGAGGCCCUUUGUGCUGAGCACCAGAUCAACCUAAUUAAGGUUGAUGACAACAAGAAGCUAGGGGAAUGGGUUGGCCUCUGUAAAAUUGAUCGAGAGGGGAAGCCGCGGAAAGUGGUUGGCUGUAGUUGUGUAGUGGUUAAGGACUAUGGCAAAGAAUCUCAGGCCAAGGAUGUCAUCGAAGAAUACUUCAAGUGCAAGAAAUGAAUAAAUAAAAAUUUUGGCUCAUU